AAAACAUAUACAUAAUAAUAAUAUCAAUUAUAUUUAAAGAAAAUAAUGUUAAAAUGCAAAUAAAUUAUGAGAAAAAAAGAAAUUAUUAUAUGCAAGAAACUGUAGAAGUGGAAGUCAUAAAAGCAUUACAAAAAGAAGAAUAUACAUUAAAUACGGUAAAUAGUUAUGGAGAGAAUUUAUUACAUAUUAGUGCAGCAAAUGAUUGUCUUGAUAUUAUAAAAGAAAUUUUUCGAAAAUACGAAUGCCAUCAAAUUAUUAACAGAAAAAAUAAAUUUGGUUGGACACCAUUAAUGUUAGCAAUUCGUAAUAGAAAUAUUAAAACUGUAAAAUAUCUUUUACAGCAAAAUGCUAAUAUAAAUGAAUCAACUUAUCUAGGUAUGUCUGUAUUUGGAUUAGCAGCUGCAAUAAAUAAAGAUAUGUUUGACAUUGUAUAUGAAGCAUGUCCAUCAGCAUUAUUAAAUACUCAAAAUGAUGAUAUAACACCCCUUUGUAUUGCAGCUAUGAAAAAUGAUAAAAACUUAUUUUUUAAGUUGAUAGAGUUAGGAUUUGAUGUUUCCAAAAGUAAUGAAUAUACUUAUAUUAUGAUGAAACAGUCAACAAUACCUGAAAUAAAAAAUUUUGCAAAAAAUCUUGAUAUAGAAGAAUAUUGGAAUAAUAAUUCAGAUAAUAUUUUUAUAGAAGAUGAAACAAAUGUUACAGCAUUUAACACUCAUUAUAAUAUUGGCAAAAAUUUACAAAAUCUUUUAAAACUUCCUCCAUUAAAUUUAACAAAUCAUUUAGAAACUGACCAAUGUGCUUUAAUUUCACCAACUUUGACUUUCAAUAAAAUAUUACCUACUUCUCCAAACAUAUAUUUUAUACAAAAUAAAUACAAAAUUGAUGAAAUCAACAUUAAUACAAUGCAUAACACAGUAGAUAAUCAAAUAAUUUCAAAUAAAAAUGAAAUAGUAUCAAUUUAUUUAAAAAAUAAAACUACAAAUGAACUAUCUUUGCAAAGAUUACAGUCUAUUCGGCCACCAGAUUUAGAUAUUCAAAAUGAAGAAGAAGAUCUUAAUACCACUCUUGGAUAUGUACCUGAAUUUAGUCCAUUACGUUCACCAAAUGUACCUUCAAGUAUAAAUGAUGAGAAUGUAUUUGGAGAAGAUACACCAACACCACCACGUUACAAAACACCUCCAAGAGGAAUGAUUUUAAAUUCAGAAGAAGCAAAAAUGUUUGCUUUAUUGAAACAUUAUGGAUUAAAUCAAUAUGUAUCUAUAUUUCUUCAGCAAGAAAUUGAUGUUGAUUUGUUUGUGACUUUAACUAAUGAAGAUUUAAUUGAGAUUGGUAUAGAAAAUGAAGCUGAUAGAAAAAUUAUAUUAAAUGUUAUAGCAGAUUAUAAAAAAUCAAUGGUAUAGAAAAAUAUUUAUUGUUAUUAAUUCUUUUUAAUUUUAUCUUGUUAUUUAUUGUGCACUUUUUUUAAUAUGUAACAUC